UCUCGCUCUCCCAGAGGCAAAAGAUUUCUGCGCACUCCAUACCGAUCGCUCCUGCCCUUCUCCCAUUGAUCGCUCCUGCUCUGCUUUUCUCCGCUGGGCAGCACAGCCACCAACGCCGCCUUGACUGUCUCGAAGCGACCCCUCCUCCAAGACGGCCAAGACCACCAGCCCCCUCCUCCUCCGCCUCGCCCUCGCGAAUGCCGCCUGCUUGCUCGGGUGCUCUCUCGCGCGUGAGCGGCUAGGGCCAGCGAGGGAAGAGGAGGGAGAUAGGUGGCCCCGCCCCGGCCGCGCGGCGGCGACAUGGGGGAGGUGGAUUUGGAGGAUGUGGUGUUCUCCUGGUCGGCCCAGGAGAUCGCCGACGACGACCUCUACAGGGGCAAGGUUGUAACCAUUCCCUGCAACUUCAAGUCACUUGAUCACUAUCUUGUAUCGUUUCGUGUUCCUCUGAUUGAAGAAACAAGGUCAGAUCUGUGCUCAUGCCUUCAACUCAUCAGUGAAGCACCCUCGUCGCAAAUACUUUCCAUGGAGGUGGCGGGGAAAUCGGGAUCAUACUUUAUGGAUGUGGACUUUUGGGAUAAUGAUGCUGGUUUUUCUACUGGGAAUUAUACUAUGAGGAAUGGUGACAUAUUAAUUUUGUCUAGCAUAAAACCUGAAGCUGCAGAGGACUUAAACCACCAUGGUCUGACAUACUGCUUGGCAAUGGUUACUGAGGUUUCUAUAGAUGAUGAAUGCCAGAAGGGCUUCAGAGUCAAAGUUGCAAAGAAUAAUUGUUUGGAAGAAGAAGAUUUAAACAAACUCAAGCAUGCAAUAUUUCUCAACAAUAUCACGACAAACAUGCAGAUAUGGAAAGCACUUACCUUUGAUACGCACAUGGAUAACAAUUUCACAGUAAUCAAGUCGCUCUUAGACCCCACAGAUCUGGGUCAGGAUGUUUGUGAUGUCUGUAUUAAACAGGAUAGGGGUUGUUUGGCUUCUUUCACAGAGCAACUACUUUCGAUUAAGCUUAAUCGAUCACAAAUUGAUGCUAUUGAAUCUGUCAUCUCAGCUGUACAAUGUGAGCAUGUGAACCUCAUGAAGCUUAUAUGGGGUCCACCAGGUACUGGAAAGACAAAUACAGUUAGCGCUUUAUUGUGGGUUUUGGCGCAUUUGAAAUGCAGAACUCUUGCUUGUGCUCCCACUAAUGUUGCUGUUAUUGGAGUUUGCACUCGUUUCCUUCAAAAACUGAAGGAUUUCAAUGAGAUCAUUGAUGAAAAUGGUCUACCUUUUUCUGUUGGAGAUAUCUUGCUCUUUGGAAGCAGGUCUAACAUGGACAUCACCGAGGAUCUUCAGGAAGUUUUCUUGGAUUUUCGUGCCGACCAACUUGCGGAAUGCUUUUCAUCGUCGUCCGGAUGGAACUACAGAAUAGCUUCAAUGGCAUCCUUUUUUGAAGACUGUGCUUCACGGUAUGAUAUGCUUCUUGAGGAUGAUGACAAAAUUGGUCCAGUGUGCUUUCUGGACUUCAUUAAGAAGCAAUUUGAUGCAACAGCAAUAGCUCUGAAAAAAUGCAUAAUGAAUUUGUGGCUUCACCUUCCUGGAAGGUGCUUUUCUCAUGAUAGUGUCAUAAAUAUAUCUACGUUGCUUGAUAUGCUGGAAAAAUUUGGCGCCCUUCUGUGCAACAUAGACUUGACCGAUGAGGGCUUGAAAAGGGGCCUUGGUUGUCUAUCAACUGAAAACUCUGUUUGUGCAAAGCCUAUAUCUUCAAUUGAGAAGGAACUUGAUGGAGCAAGGUUUACAUGCCUUAAGUUGCUUAAAGAUCUGCUACACUCGCUUAACUUACCCACUGGAGUAGACAAAAACUGGGUCAAGAACUACUGCAUACGUAAUGCAACACUUCUUUUCUGUACUGCCUCUAGUUCUUAUCGGUUACAUCACAUGGAUAUUGCACCCCUCGAUGUAUUAAUUGUUGAUGAGGCUUCUCAAGUGCGGGAGUGUGAAUUGGUGAUCUCAUUACGGCUACAUUGGCUAAAACAUGUUGUUUUGGUAGGGGAUGACUGUCAGCUGAGUGCGAUAGUUAAAAGCAAAGUAUGUAAAGAAGCUGGAUUUGGAACAAGUCUUUUUGGGAGACUGGUUACGCUAAAAUUUGAAAAACAUUUGCUGAAUAUACAGUAUCGCAUGAAUCCUUGUAUCAGCUUAUUUCCAAAUGCUCAGUUUUAUGAGAGGAAGAUUUUAGAUAGUUCCAGUGUCCUGUCUCCUAGCUAUAAUAAGGAUUACAGAUGCCUCCCUUUUGGCAGCUACACAUUUAUAAAUGUCAUUGAUGGAAGAGAAGACAAAGAGGACAUGGGAAACAGUCGGAGAAACAUGGUUGAAGUUGCUAUUGUUUUGCACCUAAUCCAUACCAUCUUUAAAUCUUGGAAAAAGACAGGCCAAGGUUUCAGCAUCGGCGUGGUUUCUCCAUAUAAUGCUCAAGUUGAUGCAAUUAAAAUUAGACUUGGCAAAAAAUACGAUGCAUGUGAUGGCUUUCAUGUGCGGGUGAAGUCCAUUGAUGGUUUCCAAGGAGAAGAGGACGAUAUAAUAAUACUAUCAACUGUUAGAUCCAAUGGGAGAGGAGCUGUUGGAUUUCUUGCUGAUAACCAAAGAACAAAUGUCGCUCUUACUAGAGCAAGGCACUGUCUUUGGAUUGCUGGGAAUGCUCAUACAUUGUAUAAAAGUGGGACCGAAUGGACAGACCUUGUUGCUGAUGCAGAAAUACGUAAAUGUGUUUUCAGUGUGACUAAUGACGCAAUCAUCUGUAGGUUGGUUUUGCAAGUAAAGCAAGAGCUUGAUGAACUUGAUGAUCUUCUUAAUGCUGAUUCUGUGGUUUUCAGCAAUACCAGAUGGAAGGUCAUUCUUAGCGAAGAGUUUAGGAAGUCUUUUACCAAACUAAAAUCAACACAGCUCAGGAGGGAAGUACUCCAAAAGCUUAUCAAACUUGGAGGUGGUUGGAGGGCAACAGUUAAGAACCUUGAUAUACCUGGUGUUUCUCAUCUUGCAAAAGUAUACAAGGUUAGGGAUCUGCAUCUUGUAUGGAGUACUGACAUGGAGAAAACCGAAAGAAGGUAUUUCCAGAUAAUAAAAAUUUGGGACCUACUGUCACAGCAAAAUGUUGGAAGAACUGUUCAACGUCUCGAGAAUUUGUUUUCCAUGUACACGGAUGAUUACCUGGAUCACUGCAGGAGAGUGCAGACACAGGGGAAACUGGAGGUUCCUAAGGUUUGGGAUGUUGAGCAUGAUAUUAUUCGCUAUAACAUGGAUUUCAAAUUUGAUGCUCAUAAAGAGCAUGAUCUCGUGGAUACAUCAUAUGCCAUGGAGAAUUCAAAAGUUAAUGAAAGCUUCUUGCUGAUGAAGUUCUACUCAUUAUCAUCUGGAAUGGCAAAGCAUUUGCUGACAGCUACUGAUGGGUCUGAAAUCAACAUCCCCUUUGAACUGAGUGAUGAAGAAAAGGUGAUAAUCCAAUUCCCGCUCACUAGUUUUAUACUUGGGAGGUCGGGCACCGGAAAAACCACUGUAUUAACAAUGAAACUGAUUCAAAAAGAGAAACUGACAUUGAUCGCAUCCCAAGGUCUAAAUUUGGAUGGAGCUGAUUUGUCUGUGGCAGGUGACAAUAAUAUUAUGCCACUAAAGAAUGUAGGAGAAAGUUAUGUGAAACAACUAUUUAUCACUGUGAGCCCAAAGUUAUGUUCAGCCAUAAAAGAUCACAUCUGCAGACUUAAAAGAUUUGGCACUGGUGAUGUCUCUGAUCAGCCAAGCAUUCUUUGCAUGCAUGACAUCAUGGAUGACCUGGAAGAGUUUACAGAAAUUCCUGACAAUUUUUGUGAUCUACCUCAUGAGCAAUAUCCUCUUACUAUAACAUAUCGUAAGUUCUUGAUGAUGCUUGAUGGCACAUGCCGAACAUCAUUUUUCGAUGCAUUUUAUGGUGAAAUGAAGUCUAACUUUGAGAGAGGCCAUUCAAGAUCUCGUGCAGUGCAAACUUUUAUUGAAUUGAAUGAAGUUACGUACGAAAAAUUUGCUACUUUCUACUGGUCUCGUUUUAAUAAAGAUCUGACCAAGAAAUUUGAUGCGUCCACUGUCUUCACUGAAAUAGUUUCUCACAUUAAGGGCGCAUAUCCAGCAAGUGGGCCUUAUACUGGCAAACUGGGAAGACAAGAUUAUGUCAUGCUCUCAGAUAAAAGAUUUUCAUCUUUGAACAAAGAGAAAAGAAAUAAAGUUUAUGAUAUAUUCCUUCAAUAUGAGAGUAUGAAAUGCGCUGCCAGGGAGUUUGAUUUGUCAGAUUUUGUCAGUAGUCUUCACAGUAGUCUUGCAUCUGAGUGCUACAAUGGAGAUAUGGUGGAUUUAGUUUACAUAGAUGAGGUACAGGAUCUGACAAUGACACAAAUAGCACUUCUUAAGUAUGUCUGCAGGAACAUGAAGGAAGGCUUCCUUUUUGCUGGUGACACUGCACAGACUAUAGCAAGGGGUAUUGAUUUUAGGUUUGAAGAUAUCCGUUCACUCUUUUAUACUGCAUUCCUCGCAGAAACUGAGGAAUUUAAUCAAGGACUUAAACAUGGGGUCCAUCUCUCUGAUAUGUUCCAAUUGUCUCAAAAUUUCCGCACACAUUGUGGCAUCCUCCGUAUGGCACAAAGUAUCAUGAGCCUUCUGUGCUUCUUUUUUCCAUCAAGUGUUGACAGGCUUAAUCCAGAGACUGGACUUGUAUAUGGAGAAGCUCCUGUGCUGCUGGAGUCCGAUAACGAUGAAAAUGCAAUUAUGAGUAUUUUUGGAGAAAGCAAAAGUAAACAUGGUAAUCUGCAUGGCUUUGGUGCUGAGCAAGUCAUAUUAGUUCGUGAUGAUGCUACCAAAAAACAAAUUAUUGAUCUUAUUGGUAAACAAGCUCUUGUUUUGACUAUUGUUGAAUGUAAAGGCCUUGAAUUUCAGGAUGUGCUGUUGUACAACUUUUUUGGUUCGUCGCCUUUAAGAAAUAAAUGGAGAGUUCUGUAUGGCUACAUGAAAGAUAAAGAUAUUAUAGCACACUCCGAGGGGAUCUCUCACCCAGAUUUCGACAGAAGCAAGCAUUAUCUACUCUGUUCAGAGCUGAAGCAACUCUAUGUUGCAAUCACACGCACUAGGCAAAGAUUGUGGAUAUGUGAAAAUACAGAGGAUUACUGUCGACCAAUGUUUGAGUACUGGAAGAAGUUGUGUCUUGUAGAAGUUAGAUUACUUGAUUCUUCCCUCAUCCAGGCCAUGAAGACAGGGAGCAGCAAUGAUGAUUGGAGGCUACGGGGAACCAAGUUAUUCAAUGAGGGGCAAUUCGAGAUGGCUACUAUGUGUUUCGAAAAGGCUGGUGAUGCACACAGAGAGAAGUGGGCAAGAGCUGCUGGACUUGUAGCAACUGCUGACCGUGCCAUCUCCACAAAUUUGGAGUUAGGCAAGGCUUCAUUGCAAACAGCAUCAGAAAUUUACGAGGCCAUAGGAAUGCAUGAGAAAGCUGCUAUGUGCUAUAUCAAAUUAGGGGACUACAAAAGAGCAGGUAUGGUGUACAUGCAAAAAUGUGGUACUUCUAGACUUGAGGAUGCUGGUGACUGUUUCGCUAGGGCUGAAUGCUGGUCAGAGGCAGCUGAAUGCUGGUCGGAGGCAGCUGAAGUGUUCUUCAAAGCUAAAUGUUACACCAAGUGUUUCUCCAUGUGCUCAAAAGGAAAGCAGUUAUUCAAUCUGGGCUUGCAGUUUCUGCACCAAUUGGAGGAGGAACAUUCGCUUGAGAAUUCAGAACCCUUGGAGGUUUCUACAAUUAGAUCGAAGUAUCUGGAUAUUUGUGCUCAACAUUAUUUUGAGUGUGGUGACAUAAAGCAUAUGAUGCCUUUUGUUAAGGCUUUUAGUUCUACGGAUCAUGUACAUGCAUUCUUAAAGUCUAGGAAUCUUCUUGAUGAACUGUUUAGUUUAGAGAUGGAAAUGUGUAAUUUCAUUGAAGCUGCAGGAAUAGCAAGGCAUAAAGGAGAUGCCUUGCUGGAGGUGAAAAUGCUUGAGAAGGCAGAUUUGUUUGAGGAUGCAACGCGGCUUCUCCUCCUCCACAUCACUGUAAAUUCCUUCUGGUCUUUAAAUAAUAAAGGGUGGCCUCCCAAAAGAAAUCCAGAGAAGGAACAGUUGCUUGCAGAAGCCAAAGAGAUGGCGAAGAAGGUCUCUGAUUGCUUCCACUCCUUUGUUUGCCUGGAAGCUGAUGCACUGUCAGGUGUGAUAAAGUCUCUUCCCAAUUUAAUUUGCACUUUGUUUGAGGGCAGAAAAUGUGGAAACUUGUUUGUCGAAUUUAUUGCUUCCCGUUUGAUCAUUGAUGUUCAUCUUCAGUCUCGAACCUCUGCAUACAAUUUAGAGAGAGGGCCAGGAUCUGAAGAUGAAAAUAGUUGUAAUGAUAUGCUGGCUUCUAACCAGAUGUCACCCCAUACUCUGUUUUAUGUCUGGAAUCACUGGAAGUCGAUCAUACUCAAAGUACUAUCUCAUCUUCGCCACACUGAUGGUCCAGAAUUAAAUGAUUACACAGUUAUGCAUGAAGAACUUUUCGCCAAGUACUUUGGAUUGAGAAAAGAUGAUGAAGUUGAUAGAUAUGUGGUGCUUAACAAGAAUGCAAGUUGGCUUUCUAAUGCUGGCAGAAGUUCUUUGCAGCAAGAUGGCAACAGAUGUUUAUUGGAUGCUCCUCAGUGUCAUUUAUGUGCUAAGUAUUUCUGGGUGAAUGAGCUGUAUUCUGUUGGUUUCAGUGUACUUAAGAAGUUGGAGCCAUUAGUUCACAUUUCUCCAAAGCCACAAUCUUUGUAUACCCUGGUGAGAACAAACGUUAUUAUAAAUGAGAUAGCAAAGUUUUUGGAAGAACCACAGUUCGGUAUGCCAAAAAUGAAGUUAAAAAGCUUCUUUGUUCUCUGUGAGCGUCGCUUCUUUGAGUUAGUUUUUCUUACGUGGAGAGAUGGGACAACAAGGAGCCUCUUGCGUAGAUUUGACUCACCAGCUACAUAUGGAUUGAUUGCUGAUUCUCUUAGUUCACAUCUUCGGCGAACAGAUAAUAAUUUGACUCAUGGGCAUCUUGGGAGAACAACCAUGCUUCUGCUUCAUGCAGCACGAUUGGAUGAUGCGCUACUUUCAAGACUACUACAUUACCUGGACAACAAUUCCAAGUGGGCAGGUUUUUAUCGAUGUUUUAAGAGAUUUGUUGAUACUGGUGCUGAUAGAUCCCACUUGAUCUUGUACUUUGAGCUUGCUCUUGAAUUUACAUUCAGUUCUGUGAUAUGGAGGGAUGAACUGGACUAUAUAUCCCCAAUAUGCUAUGUGGGUCUGAUGGAGUGCCUUGGUUUCAUGGCUUCAUCAUACCUUCUACAGAAAGGUUGUAUAUACUGCACGAAGUCUGUGUUGGUCAAUAUGCUGGAGUGCCGUACCAGCAAGUUUUACCUUGACACCUGCCUGGCAUCUAAUUCGAGCCCAGAUGAUGAUCUUGAUCGUAUGGCACACUCAUCAGGGAGUUUCAUAUUUUAUACAAUUAUGACUAUGUUGACAAACAAGGAUAUGCUAUGGGAGUGGGUACAGAAGACGGCAACUCCUAGUUCAUACUCCGAGGUCCUCCUGAGACUAGUGGUCACACUUUAUACACUGAUUCUAACUCAUGGUCUUGUGUUCAAAAGAAUAACUAAUGAUCUGCGGAAUUGCUAUGAACUCACAAAUACUCUUCAGCGGUGCGGAGUCUUUGAGCAUUUGCCUUUGGAGUUCUCUGAGAAGAUGGUGCAUGUUUUGCAAAUAAGGCCUCGCACGCCGAGCAACUUCACAAGAAUGCUUGCUGAUGCACUGGACGCAGUCGGAGAUCCUAUGGUAGUUAUGGUAGGCUCACCCAAACUCCCAGCAAUCUGUCGGAACAUAAAUGCUUAUAUGAUUAUUAAGGAGGAUUUGUAUGAUGUUCUGAAGAUAAUGGCUCUUCUUCGUCCUGGGGAGCCAAGUUGUCUAAAGCAAGAGGCUGCACUGCCAGAAAAAUCUGAUGUUAACAAAAACAUUCCCAAGGCUGUACAAGAUAAUAAGGCGGAGAGUAAAGGUGAAAUAGAUUUAAGUGAUGAGAAUACCCCCUUCUGGGAUAAGUUUGAGACGUUUCAAGUCAACAAGCAAGGCCAGAAAGAUGCAAGGUUCAUUGUUCAAUUCCUUAGGAAUGCCCUCUCACGGCUGGAGCAAACACGCUUCCAAGAAAAGAUUGAUGCACAGUUGUUGGAAGAGUUCAGGCACAUCUGCAGGGAGUUCGAAGAACGUUCUGCCAGUGCCAGCUCUGAUCUCCCUGGAUGGUCCCCAAAUAUUCACCAUUUGGGGAGGACGGCGAGGACAGCUUGUCCGACUGUAGAGGAUCUAUACUUGAUGUGGCAAGAUGGUGAGAACAAACUGCGGAGGAUCAUCAGCUUCAUCCACUCUGAAAGGGCGUCCAUGAAAGACGAUGGCAGGAGCAGUGCGCACGCCGACGCCCACGAGUGUUCAGACGAUGAGCCUGACGCGGGAGAACCGGCCUGGACUUCAGCGCAGGCGGCGCAGAAGCAGAGGAGGAGGAGGAAAUCCAAGAAAACCAAAGGCCGUGGCAAGAAGUGAGCCCCUGUAGCCGCCACGGAGAAGGACGAUAUGUUGGUGGCAGCGACUCAGCAGUGGUGGUUCGUGGAUGUUUGGGCGGCGGCGGCAAUAACUGUUGAGGGGAAGCGGGACAGAAUCGGCCUGGCGAUGAAAACGCCUGAUCGCCCACCUCGUGAGCCAUUAGAUCCCAAAUUGUAGCAAAAGCCACCUUCGUGUAACAAUUUUGCAACAAUUUUUCACAAGGUGUGUAGAACAUAAAGAAAAAACGUCGCAUCAUUUAGAACA